AUGACUGACGUGACGCGUCAACGCUCGGGUUUCAUUAAGGCUGUCGUCAUGUUCGCGUGUUUGCUCUUCGUAACCGCGCGAGCUUCGCUUAUUAGUCGGCAGUAUCACGAAGAAAUGGCCACUGUUUCAAAUGGAACAGAAUGUGAGUGUCGGACUCGAGCAAAGUUGGCCCGACACUUCGGGAACUGCGCAGCGGGCGAGUGCGUCGCAUCCGGCAAGCUCCGCCGACGAGCUGGUUUCCUACUAACUCAUCAGUUCAUCGCUGUUUUGAUUGGAGUUCCGAGGAAGCAUGUGGACCACUUGGAGUCGCGCCUAAUGCCGUUGGUGCAACCGAAGGCGGUCGUUGCAACGUGCGCGGAGUUGCAGAAACAACCGCCCGCAACCUCCUGUUCCCGGUUGUCUUCGAAUACAUCCCUAACGGGCUCGAAGCCUUCAAAGACGUCUGCAAGCGGGUCGGUGGGUGGCCACCCAACACCGCGCAGACACAUCCAGAACCCUCACAAUUCCUCCCCGGCCACAUCCCGGCGCAAUUCUUCCGUCUCCGCGCAGGAGCAGAAGUCCCGCGCCACGCCGAGUCCCAGCAAGGCUAAACCUGGGAGUGCAGGCAUUGCUCGCAAGGCAUCCGGUGCCCGGGCCCCGUCCUAUUCCCCGUCACCCAUGGCCGCCAAUGCCACCAAGUCCCCGGCGCACUUCUACACCGUCGAAGUCGGGGACACCAAGUUCACCAUCCUGAAGCGGUACCAGAACCUGAAGCCAAUCGGGUCUGGUGCUCAGGGGAUCGUUUGGUUGGUUCCGAGGAAGCAUGUGGACCACUUGGAGUCGCGCCUAAUGCCGUUGGUGCAACCGAAGGCGGUCGUUGCAACGUGCGCGGAGUUGCAGAAACAACCGCCCGCAACCUCCUGUUCCCGGUUGUCUUCGAAUACAUCCCUAACGGGCUCGAAGCCUUCAAAGACGUCUGCAAGCGGGUCGGUGGGUGGCCACCCAACACCGCGCAGACACAUCCAGAACCCUCACAAUUCCUCCCCGGCCACAUCCCGGCGCAAUUCUUCCGUCUCCGCGCAGGAGCAGAAGUCCCGCGCCACGCCGAGUCCCAGCAAGGCUAAACCUGGGAGUGCAGGCAUUGCUCGCAAGGCAUCCGGUGCCCGGGCCCCGUCCUAUUCCCCGUCACCCAUGGCCGCCAAUGCCACCAAGUCCCCGGCGCACUUCUACACCGUCGAAGUCGGGGACACCAAGUUCACCAUCCUGAAGCGGUACCAGAACCUGAAGCCAAUCGGUGCUGCGAGUGACGGUGCAGAUGGUCCCAUGGUUGCUAUAAAGAAGCUGAGUCGACCGUUUCAGAAUGUAACUCACGCCAAACGAGCAUAUCGGGAAUUUAAGCUCAUGAAGCUUGUAAAUCACAAAAAUGUAUUACCCUCGAAUGAGAAACAUUUCGUGAACAUCGUCCCGAAAGAGGAAAAGCAUAUGUUCAGAGAUACCAGGUCUGGACGGGUCUUCGGGGACCUCAUUGUGCUUUAUGGGUUCGAGCCCCUUCAUCCUUUCAAUCAUCCGCGGAAAGAGGAAAAGCAUAUGUUCAGAGAUACCAGGUCUGGACGGGUCUUCGGGGACCUCAUUGUGCUUUAUGGGUUCGAGCCCCUUCAUCCUUUCAAUCAUCCGCGGUGCUGA